AUGAAGUUCUCCGCUGUCCUCGUUGCCCUCGCCCCUCUGGCUCUUGCCCAGAACUCCAUUCCCCAAUCGGCUUCCUCUGCUGUCGCCUCCCUGUCUAGCAGCAUCACUUCUGCUCUCGCUUCGCAGAGCUCUGCCGCUGCCUCCGUUUCCUCCUCGGUCAGCUCCAAGGUCAACAGCAUCUCGACUAGCGCCGACUCUGCUGUUGCUUCCGUAACCAGCGAGGCUGGCGACUCUAUUGCGUCUCUGAACUCUCAGCUCGCCACCGCCACUGGUUCUGACAGGGCUUCCAUCACGUCUGCCCUUGCCUCGCUCGCCAGCGAUGCCAGCUCUGCUGUCAACUCCAUUACCAGCGAGGCCGCCUCUGCUGCUAGCUCUGUUACCAGCAACCCUGCCGCCCCCAUGAAGACUGGUGCCGUCGCCAUGGGUGCGCUCUUCGGUGGUGCUGCCGUCCUUGCCCAGCUCUAA